AUGAGCAACACUUCCCUUACCGGCCUCUACCAAUCUGCAAAUAGUAGCACUUCCACCCUCCGCCCGCGGACCGGCCGUCUUAUAUCCUACAUUGACGAUGAGGGUAUCGAGUCCACCGCCAUCUCUACCUCCACCUCCUCUACCCCGCCACUAUUCCCCAGCAGAGGCGUUUCCCCCAACGACGCCGCGGUAUCGAGAUCCAAGUCGACGGACAGGCCACCCCGACAUGGUCGAACGACCAAACCACAAGCAGGGCCGUCCUCGGGGAUUUCAUCCCCAACCGGAGGAAACCAGGGGCUGUGGGAACCUUGGACCUCACUCCAGGGUUUUGCGUCCACGUUGCUAGGGGGCGAGGUACCAGGUCCUCACAAGGAUAAGGUUGGAGGUCCUCUCAAGAAGCCUCUCUGGAUGAAACAAGAUAACCACUAUGGCUCAAAAACCGCCGUCCCGCAAUGGGGUCCUUCACUCCAACACACUACAACUCUACUUCAGGGCACCACGGAAGAACGCCAGGCAAUGGUCCAGGCAAAGAAGAGGGAAGCACUGCUCCUUGCAAGUACAUCAGAGAACCGCGAUCGCCUGGGCAAGUUUAAGAGACGAGACUCAGAUGUGGAUAGUGCCACGGCGGCUCCCGCAGACCAGAGUGAAGAUGCCCUUGUUUACAUGCACAAAGUUGAGAAAGGGGACACGCUGGCCGGAGUCAUCAUCAAGUAUAACUGUCAACCUGACCUUUUCCGAAAGGUGAACCGCUUCUGGCCCAAUGACAACAUUCAGACUCGGACUCAUGUUUUGGUCCCCUUGGAAGGCUCCACUGUCAAGGGCAAGAAAGUCGACAGUCCGUACCUCUCCAGGGACCUCUUCGACCCAGAAUCCGACCGUCUCUCUGCCCAAAAUGCGUCGAAUACCAUACCGAAAGUCAUUGACGCCUUGUCAAUCAAUGGUGUUCACGACUCUCCUCGGACAAACCCAACCAUCUCUUCUUCCGCCCUAACCUCCGAACCCCUGACGCUCAUCACGUCUCUCUCCGAAGGAGUCGAGUUCAAGCAUGACUGCUGGGUCAUGCUGCCCAACUUCAAAGAAGCCACCGAAGUCCUACGCGUCCCUCGUCGUGCGCUAGGCUACUUUCCUCGGGCUCGUCGGAAAUCAAAUGCCACCCUUACCGCCUCACCUCCCUCUACACCCAAAACCUCCUUCGAUACACUCCGGCAUCCGCCUACUCACGCUGCGCAACUUUCUGCUUCCUUGAAUGCCUCGCCCGUCCGCCGACCCAAUUUUCCCUCGUCCCGGCUUAGCUCGUCCGGCCGCCAACGAUCUUCCAGCGCUACAGGAGGAAAUCCCUUCGCCGAAGCCCUCCGCGGGCCCGGAGGUGUCGGCACCCUUCGUGGUCUCCGCACAGAAGCUUCUCGGCCAGGCCCGGCCGACGACCCGUUGAAUCGCAAAUUCAACCAGUAUUUCCCAGACUUCCUACCGCCACCGGGAGAGAUCCCUCGAACGGGUUUCAGCACAAGGACACACACAUCUCGAUCAACGCCACGCGCGAGCUCCGAGUCGGUAAGAAGCCUGCGCUCCAACUCGAACAGUUCGGGUUUGACAGGUGAUGUGGGCGGCGCGAUUGAAGGGUGGGUGCGCAAGAUGGCGGGCGCGGCAGGGAAACGGGAACGCAAUGCUGCCGUUGACAGAAUGGGCGACCUGAUCGAACUGGAAACGAACUCGGAAAUCUACGAGGACAGGCACAUGCAGACUGAGGCAGAGAGUGACAAUGGGGGAGAGGACAUUACCACACCGACAGCUACCACCACGGACUCUGCAACAGAAGAGGCACUUCUCAACGAGAGGUUUCCCGUAAGAGGCAGAGUUCGAACCGCGUAUGUCUCUCAGACCUCUGGGAAAGAUAAGGACGAUUGA